AUGAAAACAAACAUGGCGGAGAGCAGGACAGCAGAAACGGGUAGCGACAUUGAAAUAGAUGAAAUCAUUACAGGAAACUUAAGCAAAUACACUGCUUUUCCACCAGGUUACUAUGGACAGGCAAAAAAAGGUCAUCUUGUAUUUGAUGCCUGCUUUGAAAGUGGGAACCUUGGACGUGUUGACCAUAUUACUGAAUUUGAAUAUGAUCUUUUCAUCAGACCAGACACAUGUAAUCCACGUUUUCGAGUCUGGUUCAACUUCUCAGUUGAAAAUGUAAAAGAAUAUCAGAGGGUAAUUUUCAAUAUUGUCAACUUCAGUAAAACAAAGAGCCUCUACCGAGAUGGAAUGGCUCCAAUGGUAAAAUCCACAAGCCGGCCUAAAUGGCAGAGACUUCCAUCCCAAAAUGUGUAUUAUUACCGCUGUCCUGAUCACAGAAAGAAUUAUGUUAUGUCAUUUGCUUUUUGCUUUGACCGAGAAGAUGACAUAUAUCAAUUUGCUUACUGCUACCCUUAUACUUAUACUCGUCUUCAGCAUUAUCUGGAUAAUUUAGAGAAGAGGAACAUGGACUAUUAUUGCAGAGAGCUUCUAGGACUUAGUGUGCAACAGCGGCAACUUGACCUCUUGACUAUAACCAACCCUGAAGAUAAAACAGACCUUGAAAACAGUGUGAUGCAGAAGAAAAUUAAAAUCCCCAAGCUGUCUCUCAAUCACCUAGAAGAAACGGGGGAAAUUACAGAUUAUGGGGAUGAAGAUAUGGAACUUAGACACUGUAAGAGACAAGAUGGAAAGAAACAGAAUGAAGGUACGCACAAAAGCAUUGAAGCAGUUGUUGCGCGCCUUGAAAAACAAAAUGGAAUGAGUCUCAGUAGUAAUUCCAGUCCUGAGGCAACAUUUAUGGAAACUUCAGACAGAAUGAACAAUAUGGACGAUGCUGUAGUUCCUCGAGUUCUUUAUGAAGAGUUGCUGAGAAGCUAUCAGCAACAGCAGGAAGAAAUGAGGCACAUUCAACAGGAACUUGAAAGAACAAGAAGGCAGCUUGUUCAACAAGCAAAAAAGUUAAAGGAAUAUGGGACAUUAGUGUCAGAAAUGAAAGAGCUAAGAGAUUUGAACAGACGGUUACAGGAUGUCCUGCUUCUCAGAUUAGGCAGUGGUCCUGCCCUAGAACUUGAAAAGGUUACACCUGAAUCCAUUGAACCUGAGCCUGAUGUACAGACAGCUUUCAGUGAGGAAGCAAACACGUCAACGUACUACCCAGCUGCUAUUCCUGUAAUGGACAAAUAUAUUCUUGAGAAUGGAAAGGUUCAUCUUGGAAGUGGCAUCUGGGUAGAUGAAGAGAAAUGGCACCAGUUGCAAGUAACGCAAGGAGAUUCAAAGUAUACAAAAAACUUAGCAGUUAUGAUUUGGGGAACCGAUGUUCUUAAAAAUAGAAGUGUUACAGGUGUAGCCACUAAGAAAAAGAAAGAUGCUGUUCCUAAGCCACCUUUGUCACCUCACAAGUUAAGCAUUGUCAGAGAAUGUUUGUAUGACAGAAUAGCACAAGAAACUCUGGAUGAAACAGAAAUUGCACAGAGACUCUCCAAAGUCAACAAGUAUAUUUGUGAAAAAAUCAUGGAUAUCAAUAAAUCAUGUAAAAAUGAAGAAAGGAGAGAAGCAAAAUAUAAUUUGCAAUAAAUUUUGAAUUUUUAA